AUGAAAGGGGUUCCAAAAUCUGAUAGGUAUUGCUCAAGAUGUGUGCAAGCAUUAAAUGGGAAGCCAUUUCCUCCGAAAUAUGGUCGCGCCGUAACAACGAAAUCGUCUUCCAGUACAGCCGGAGCUCAAUCAUCCGAAGCAAAGAAGCUUGGGCCGAUGGAUAUAACGGUUAAUCAACCAAAACCUUUUCCUGGCUUUGUUUCUGGAGCAGCAACUACUACUGCAAGCGCAGCAAAGACUAGUAACUCUGGACCACAAGGCUUUAGAGAAAGUCUUAUAUGUGGUACCAGUUCUACAGCACCGAUUUUACUUACCAAGACUCCAAAUCCUAGAGCAAUUGCAAGUACAAGUGCAGUGACGAACAAUGGCCUCAUAUCAAAACCUUUAACACCUAUGAGCUGCACUUCUCAAUUGCCUGUUGGUAACCUGGUUCACGUGAAUGCACCCUCAAGUACAAGUGCAGUGCCGUACAAUGGCCUCAUCUCAAGACCUUUAACAACACCAGUUGGCACUAUGAGCAGUACCUCUCCAUUGCCUGUUUGUAACCAGGUUCCCGGGAAUGCAACCUCAAGAGCUACGCUGGGUACACCAAUAACUAGUGGCCUUGUAGCAAAAGCCCCAGCAGUUACUGAAAAUGGUGAUAGCAGCUCGACCGCCUCUGGAAUGGCUGACCGUUCUAUAUUGUAUACGGACCUUACCACUCAAGUCCAUGCACUGAAUUUUACUUCCAGUAGCAAUUCUCAACCGGUAGUGUUACAUUCUAAGACAGCAAAAGCAACUGAAGAUGCAGCUCUAGGUCAAGCACUGAAUGCUGAUGAUGGACCACAAGCUCAUAUGGAAAAUGUUGCUAAGUGUGAGAAUCCAUCAGAGUCGUCUACAUCUCAUUCAGACUCUCUGAAUGAUAAAACAACAUCAGAGGACGGUCAAGAAUCGAGCAAGAAUGCUGCGAAGAAAAUUGCUUCUGAUACUUGCGAGAAUCACCCAACAGAGAAAUGUCCAGCCGCAGUUAUAUCAGAUCAAGAUUCGAAGAUCACUCCCGAACCAUCCAUGCCACAAGAGAAUUCAGCUUACCAGACAGAGGAAACGGCUUGUCAACCUCCUAAUGUGUCAUCUAACUAUCACGCCCAAGCCGAGGAAGGAACUCCAAAUGUCCAAGAUUCUCUACAAAAUAUCCAGUCACAAGAAGGCAAAGGGUUAAAUGGUUUAGAUGAUAGACAUCAGGAACAUCCUUCUGAGCAAGAGUUUGAUACGUCAGAUUCGAUAAAGGAAGCAAAAGCUGCCUAA